AUGGCUGUGUGGCUCCGGGCCUACACCCGCAAGAAGCGGGCUGGCCAAAGGCUCAACCUAACCCCGACGCCGGACCUCGGCGCCUGGGCCAAAGCGGAGGAGGCCCCGCCGGGCUCGGGCCUCAGGGGGGCAGCCCGGGGAUUGCGGAAGAUCUCGGAGAAAGCGGAGCGGAGCCCUCAGGAAGGCGACGGCUCAGCGCUGCUGAGCCCUCAGUUAAGAUUUACCAGAGAGAACAGCCUGGAAGAAACCAGCGCCAGGGAAGAGACUGAGGAGAAUGCCGCGCUGUCGAGUGAGUCAGAAACUGAUGGCCUCCAGGCUGACAGUAGUUUAUCAAAUAGUGAUCUAGUAUCAGGACUAAGUUUGCAGGAUCAUAAUUCUCUUCUGAACUGUUCUGCCAUGGACUCUUCUAAAGAGAGUUUAAGUAGCUUCCCAUCACCUGAAGUCUUCCGAGGAUCAGAUUAUUUUGAUUGGGCAUGUCCCAAGUUGGAAGAACACAUGUUAUGCAAGAAUUCUACUCUUCUGGAUACCAGUAAAGCAGUAGCAAUAGAGAAAGCACCAUUGUUUCCAAACCUCUCUGCAAUUUUAGGUACCUCUUCAGAAGACUACCAGAAAUGCCAUAAAAAAAUAGUGACAAUAACAUUGGCAGACCAAAAUGUUUCUUCAAAACCAAAGAGUACUUCAAAUCCUGAGUCAGAUAAUGCAGCUUGUGAAAUUUUACUUGCUGAGAAACCAUGCACUUUAAUCCCUGAAAAAUUGAAGAGAAAAAAGCUAAAUUCCAGUACUUCUAAUAAGAAAAGCAAAGGCCUGCUUACAAGUACCCCAUCCUCUCAAACAGCUGCUUUAGUGAUUGAUUUAUCAUCAGUACAAAGAGCAUCUUUUGAAGAACUAUUCCCAAAUGUCAGCAAUUAUGUUAAUUCAAAUGAAAUUGUUCCUGUUUCAGGUUUGCAAGAAAUUUCUUCAAAUGAGAUUUCAUCAGAUGCAUCAGAAAAAUGUUGUAUUGUUAGAGCAUCACCAGGAAUUAGAAAAAUGGGCAAUAGAACUCUUAGAAAAAAGAAAUACUCUCCUCCCAAAGAUAUCCCUCAAGAUAUUAUAAUAAAAACAAAUGGCAGGAUGUAGCAUCUAUCACCGAACUUUCCGCAUUUGAAGAUAUGAAUGUGAAGUCAAAGUCCUUAAAGCAGCAUUCUGCCUGAAAUUAUAUGAAACUCAAAAGUUUAAUUUUUUUCAGUUACUUGUGAUAUGAUAUGUGCUAGUGUGAAAAUUCUAUUGAGAUUCUUGUAUUUUUUGUAAGAUAAGAAACUUUCUGUAUUCAUGUAAAACAUAUGUAU